GGGAGCGCCUGUGUGUGUGAGUGACGCGGCGGAGGUGUAGUUUGACGCGGUGUGUUACGUGGGGGAGAGAAUAAAACUGCGGCGAGAUCCCAGGCGCGAACGAAAGCAGUGACGGAGCAGCCUGGUAACCGGUAACUAAAUGACCAUGGAAUCUGGAGCAGAGACCCAGCAGAGUGGAGAUGCAGCCGGUACAGAGGCAGAAACCCAACAGAUGACAGUACAGGCACAACCACAGAUUGCAACGUUAGCCCAGGUAUCUAUGCCAGCAGCUCAUGCAACAUCUUCUGCACCCACGGUGACCUUAGUUCAGCUGCCCAAUGGGCAGACGGUUCAAGUGCAUGGAGUAAUUCAGGCUGCCCAGCCAUCAGUUAUUCAGUCUCCACAGGUCCAGACAGUUCAGAUCUCCACUAUAGCAGAAAGUGAAGAUUCACAGGAAUCAGUAGACAGUGUCACAGACUCACAGAAACGAAGAGAAAUUCUGUCCAGACGACCCUCCUACAGAAAAAUUUUGAAUGACUUGUCCUCAGACGCCCCAGGAGUGCCAAGGAUCGAAGAAGAAAAGUCUGAAGAGGAAACAGCAGCACCUGCCAUCGCCACUGUUACGGUGCCAACUCCCAUUUACCAAACCAGCAGUGGGCAGUACAUUGCCAUCACCCAAGGAGGAGCAAUACAGUUGUCUAACAAUGGCACAGAUGGAGUACAAGGUCUCCAGACGUUGACAAUGACCAAUGCAGCUGCAACCCAACCUGGCACCACCAUUUUACAAUAUGCACAGACCACAGACGGACAGCAGAUACUUGUACCCAGCAACCAAGUUGUUGUACAAGCUGCCUCAGGAGACGUGCAGACCUACCAGAUCCGCACGGCCCCGACCAGCACCAUUGCGCCAGGAGUGGUCAUGGCGUCGUCCCCAGCGCUCCCCACGCAGCCGGCAGAGGAGGCCGCGCGGAAGAGGGAAGUGCGGCUGAUGAAGAACAGAGAGGCAGCACGUGAAUGUCGCAGGAAGAAAAAGGAGUAUGUGAAAUGUCUAGAAAAUCGAGUGGCUGUGCUUGAAAACCAAAACAAGACACUGAUUGAGGAGUUGAAAGCACUUAAGGACCUUUACUGCCACAAAUCAGAUUAAUUUUGGAUUCUCAUUUUCACUUGUCCAGGUGGGAUAGAGACUGGUUCUGGCUAUACCCAGAAAGACAAAGUAAACUUUUUAUUUUCUAAACAUUUCUUUUUUUCUAUGCGCAAAACUGCCUGAAGCAACUACAGAAUAUACUUCAUCUGUGCUUUGCAUCAAACUGUGAAUGUUCAAGUACUUGCCUCCACUUCUCCCCUUACAAGAUGAAUUUCAUCAUCAAUCUCAGCGUCAAGAAGAACAGGCUUCUCUCUCGUCUCCCGAUCCUCUUCAAGGAGUAACAGUGGUCACUUGGGGAGUUACUGUGGGGAGGGUCCUUUUGUAAAGAUGUCAAAAAUUUGUGCUGAGCUCUUUCCAUUGCCUUAGAGACAGAGGCACCCCAGCCUCUUGGUCCAGAGAACGGUGGGCCGAUAGGUGGAGCAUGCGUGCUGCGGUGAAGAAGCGGUGCUUGCCACGGAGGUGUCACACGUUCGUGAGGGGCACUUCACUGUCACCUUCUUGGGGUGGAGAUAACAGACCUUUUCAAACUAGCCCAGGAGGGGGUUUCAUCUGCAAUCUGUAUUAAGCCCUCCUGCACUAGUAAAACCUUCUCCAUACUUCAGAAACAAAUGCAUUGAAAUGAGCUUCACUGGUCAGUUGUUGAUUCUCGUAGUUUAUGUGUGCAAGUGCGUUCAGCGUUCUGAAUGCACAGAAAACAGACACCAAUUUCAUAGGAUAUAGGUUGGGAAAUUAUAUUUGGAUGGGAAAGAAAUUUUUUUAAAAAGAUGCAAUUGUCAUGUUCUGUAAACAGUCACAUAGUAAACAGGGGUAACACAUUGAAGCACUACCUAUUUGUAUGCAGAACAACUAAGCAGUUGAAGCAUAGCCAAUUCCACUUAAGUACUCCCUGAAGACAGUAUGGUCUGUGUCCCAAGUCCUCUCAAGCAAUGAAGUUGUUUUUAUUUCCCUACUGCUGUCUUAUGCAAUGGAAAUUAUUGUACUCAAUAGAAAUAUCAGCCUGGUUUGCUAAAUUCUUUUUUGAACUUUGAGGCUGCCUUCUAUACGUAAAUUAAGUUGUAGUAUAACAACUACUAGGGCAACCUCAAAUAUUAAAGAGGACUUCAAACACAAAUAUUCCAACUCCUGCUUUGAAAGGGAAAAUACUGAUUAUUUGAACCUGGCCAGAUUAGCUAAACUCUUAAUUUAUUUGGGGUAUUUUUUCAUGGAAAGGGUCAGAUUAUUCCUGCAACUAAAAUUACUUACGUGCCUCAGAUAUUUGCAAGAUCAGGGUUUUUUCUGUGCACUGAGGAACUGUGGUCUUUCCCAGAUAUAUGGUGUUAAAAAAGGUAGUCCAUAUUUUAAAAAAACUCUGUACUAAGCAUUAGGACUUUAAAAGAAUCAUGCUCAAAAGAAACCAAAAAAGAAUAUCAAGAAGUUGUUAAAAAGAAUGUGUCCAAAAGAAUCAUGUGCAGUUUGUGUACUGGCCCUCUGAAGCCAGUCUCUCACUGUGUUAACUUGGGUCAUUUGAUGGAGUAAGUUUACUUUGGGCUUCUGGUCAAACUUUUAUGUAUAGAAACGUGUGGAUAAGGCUGUCGUCUAGACUAAUGCCUUGCCUAGCAGAGUAUUAGCUAAUAUUUUUUUCCCGUUCACUCUAUAUCUU